AUGACUCCUCUUGGGCGAGGUGAGCUGUUUCCUCUGCUGCUGCUGAGCUGGAGCUGCCUCAUCGAUUCUUCCUUUAUCAAUAUCAAUCGUGGGAUGAGUGUGAUGAAGGGACAUUCUGCUUUCCUGUCAAGAGAAGACCUGCAAUUUUCCAUUCCCAAAGAGAAAGAUGCCUGCAAAGUGGAAGUGGUGAUGGAUGAGCCAAUAACUCAGAGAGUCGGAAAACUCACUCCGCAGGUAUUUGACUGCCACUUCCUCCCUAAUGAAGUGAAGUACACUCAUAAUGGAUGCCCCAUCUUAGAUGAAGAUACAGUUAAAAUUAGGCUAUAUAGAUUUACAGAAACAGAAACUUUCAUAGAGACCUUCAUACUUCGGAUUCAGCUUCUGGAACCUGACUGCCACAUCAUUCGGAUGAGUGCCAGGACUCUGGAGGUCCCUAAGUUCAAAGGCCUGUCUGGAGCGAUCGAUAAGAAUGUACUUAGUUUUGAGUAUGAAAGGAAAAUCGGUCUGGAGUGCACCAUCAAACUAGAGCCUCUUGAAACUCACUUACCAGCUCAUGGGCACGUUGUCAUCAUGGAGCCUCAAGAGGAACCUCGGGGUGAUCAGCCUCGUGGUUUUUUCCGUGGAUCCCAACACAGAAUUGAUCCCAAUUGCUCAAGUGGGAGCUGUACUACAGGGUUGAAGAAAAUUGAAAAUCUCCAAGUGAGUUGUGAAGAGUUCCUACUCAUGGAGUUGAGAUAUCAGCACCUGGCUCCUCCUUCACCCAAUGUUGAUUACAUCUCUAUCAGACUGGACCUUAUCGAUAGAAGGAGUAAAACCAUAUACAAGUCUGAAAAUGCAUGGUUGCCUAUUCACAUCAAGGGUGCCAUUCCAAACCAGAUCCCCAGAGCCGCAUUCACACCUUUGUAUAUUCUGGAGGUGGACCAGUUCAUCUUGAGCUCCUUGUCAACCUCGACUGUGGACUGUGAAGAUGACGAGACACCCAAAUCCUUGCUGGUGUUCAACAUAACCGCACCCCCUCUCCAGGGCUACAUAACUCAUCUGUCUGACCACACUAAACCCAUCUCCUCCUUCACUUGGGAAGACCUAAAUGAGAUGCAGAUUGCUUAUCAGCCCCCAAACAGCAGCCAUACGGAGAGGAGGCAUUUUGAGGUGGAGUUUGAGGUUCAUGACUUCUUUUUUGAAAGGAGCUCACCAAUUACUGUCCAUAUCUCCAUACGAAAAGCAGAUACAAAUGCCCCAAGAGUCUCUUGGAACAUGGGUCUGAAUCUUCUGGAAGGACAGUCUCGGCCCAUCACUUGGGAGCAGCUUCAGAUAGUAGAUAAUGAUGACAUCAGCACCGUCCGUUUGGUCACAGUAGAUGGCUUACAGCAUGGACGACUCACUGUCAGAGGAGGGAAAGGAUUCAUUUUCACCGUGGCUGACAUUCAGGCCGGGGUGGUUCGCUAUCAUCAUGAUGACAGUGACUCCACAAAGGAUUUCGUAGUCUUCAGGAUUUCUGAUGGUCACCACAGCAUUCGCCAUAAGUUUCCCAUCAACAUCCUGCCGAAGGAUGACAGCCCCCCUUUCCUCAUCACCAACAUGGUCAUUGAACUGCACGAGGGACAGACCAUCCCAAUACAAGAAUCCAUGCUGCAGGCUUCUGACGUGGACUCCAGUGAUGACUAUAUUUUCUUCAAUAUCACCAAGCCUUCCCGAGCAGGAGAGAUCGUGAAGAAGCCAGGACCAGGCUUUAUUGAUGAUGUUGGUAAAACUGCUCAGGAAGCUAGAUGCGUCUUCUGGGCUAGAUCCAGGGCUCAUGGACAUAUGGAAAGAAGGUUUGCUACCCUGAUAAGCUUUAUAGACCUUCCACUUGGUAUGGAGCACGCUGCCCUGUUGUCACCACACUCUAAUUGCAGUCAGGCCAUGCUGGGCCUUUGA